CUCGCGCUGCCCCUUGCCCCGGAAGUCCGGUUGCCGCCGCCGCCGCCGCUUGGAUUCCAAUUCCAACUACGCGGCCGCUGCUGUAUCCCCACGCGGGGCCAUGGGAGUCCCGGCCUUCUUCCGCUGGCUCAGCCGCAAGUACCCCUCCAUCAUCGUCAACAGCGUGGAGGAGAAGCCUAAAGAAUGCAAUGGCAUCAAAAUUCCAGUUGAUACCAGCAAGCCUAAUCCCAAUGAGGUGGAGUUUGAUAACCUGUAUUUGGAUAUGAAUGGUAUUAUCCAUCCAUGUACACAUCCUGAGGACAAACCAGCUCCCAAAAAUGAAGAUGAAAUGAUGGUUGCCAUUUUUGAGUACAUUGACAGACUUUUCAACAUUGUCAGGCCAAGACGACUUCUCUACAUGGCAAUAGAUGGAGUAGCUCCCCGUGCAAAAAUGAAUCAGCAGAGAUCCAGGAGAUUCAGAGCGUCAAAGGAAGGAGUGGAAGGUGCAGAAGAGAAGCAAAGAAUAAGACAAGAAAUUUUGGCAAAAGGUGGUUUUCUUCCUCCAGAAGAAGUGAAAGAGAGAUUUGACAGCAAUUGUAUUACACCAGGAACCGAGUUUAUGGACAAUCUUGCUAAAUGCCUUCGCUAUUACAUUGCUGAUCGUUUAAACAAUGACCCAGGUUGGAAAAAUUUGACAGUUAUUUUAUCUGAUGCUAGUGCCCCUGGUGAAGGGGAACACAAAAUCAUGGAUUACAUUAGAAGACAGAGAGCUCAACCAAACCAUGACCCAAACACUCAUCAUUGUUUGUGUGGGGCUGAUGCUGAUCUGAUCAUGCUUGGACUAGCUACACAUGAACCAAACUUCACUAUAAUCAGAGAAGAGUUUAAACCAAAUAAACCCAAACCUUGUGGUCUUUGUAAUCAGUUUGGCCAUGAGGUUAAGGAUUGUCAAGGCUUGCCAAGAGAGAAACAAGGAGAGCAUGAUCAGUUUGCAGAUUGUCCUCCUGGCUGUGAACAAGAGUUUAUCUUUAUCCGAUUAAGUGUGCUGCGAGAGUAUUUGGAGAAAGAACUAACUAUGGCCAGUUUACCUUUUACUUUUGAUAUUGAGAGAAGCGUAGAUGACUGGGUCUUCAUGUGUUUCUUCGUGGGGAAUGACUUUCUUCCUCAUUUGCCAUCUUUGGAGAUCAGGGAGGGAGCAAUUGAUCGUCUGGUUGGCAUAUAUAAAAACGUGGUGCACAAAACUGGGGGGUACCUCACAGAGAGUGGUUAUGUCAACCUACAGAGAGUACAGAUGAUCAUGUUGGCUGUUGGAGAAGUUGAAGAUAGCAUUUUUAAAAAGAGGAAAGAUGAUGAGGAGAACUUCAGAAGACGACAAAAAGAAAAGAGAAAAAGAAUGAAGAGGGAUCAGCCUUCUUUUAUUCCUGGUGGCCAAUUUUCCCCUCAAGCUUUGGGGAGAGGAAAUAGAUCUAGUCCUCAGGCAAUCAGUAACCCCAGGCAGACAGCCUAUGAAAUGAGAAUGCAAGACAAACAGAACUCGACUCCUUCAUCAUCUCCUAAUACUAGUUUCACUUCUGAUGGCACCCCAUCCCCAGCCGGAGGAAUUAAGCGCAAAGCAGAAGACAGUGACAGUGAACCUGAGCCAGAGGAUAAUAUCAGGUUAUGGGAAUCUGGUUGGAAACAGCGCUACUAUAAGAACAAAUUUGAUGUUGAUGUGUCUGAUGAGAAAUUCCGUCGUAAAGUUGUACAGUCUUACGUUGAAGGGCUUUGCUGGGUUCUCAGAUACUAUUAUCAGGGUUGUGCUUCCUGGAAGUGGUACUAUCCUUUCCAUUAUGCGCCAUUUGCCUCUGACUUCGAAGGUAUAGCAGACCUGCCCUCAGACUUUGAGAAGGGUACAAAACCGUUCAGACCACUUGAACAACUCAUGGGAGUAUUUCCUGCUGCUAGUGGUAACUUUCUACCACCAACAUGGCGGAAGCUCAUGACUGAUCCAGAAUCAAGUAUAAUUGACUUCUACCCUGAAGAUUUUGCUAUUGAUUUGAAUGGGAAGAAAUUUGCUUGGCAAGGUGUUGCUCUGUUGCCGUUCGUUGAUGAGCGCCGUCUGAGAGCUGCUCUGGAAGAGGUUUACCCUGACCUCACUCCCGAUGAAAACAGAAGAAAUAGUCUUGGUGGCGAUGUUAUGUUUGUUGGGAAACAUCACUUGCUUUGUGACUUUGUUUUAGAACUGUACAAAUCCAGUAGCACAGAGCAAAUUGAUAUACCCGCUGAACUGUGCCAUGGAAUCCAGGGAAAACUUACUCUGAAUGAAAAUGCAGUUCUUCCAGAUCAGACAGUAGAGUCUCCUGUGCCAUUGUUGCGUGAUCUGACACAGAAUUCUGCCAUCAGUAUCAAUUUCAAAGAUCCACAAUUUCAAGAAGACUUUGUUUUCAAGGCUGUAGUGUUACCCGGAGCAAAAAAACCUGCACCAGUUCUGAAGCCAGGUGACUGGGAAAAAACCAACAAUAAUGGCAGGCCUUGGAGGCCCCAGCUUGGUUUUAAUCGAGACAGAAGGCCAGUUCAUUUGGACCAGUCGGCAUUCAGAACUUUAGGCCAUGCAAUGUCAAGGGAAAGAGGACAGUCAGGAAGUGGAGUCUACAGUAAUGCAGCACCACUUGGGGCUUAUCAGGGAAACCCAUACAGACCACUUCUAGGUGGCCAACCACAGAUUCCUAAAUUGUUGUCAAAUCUACGGCCCCAAGAAUCAUGGCGAGGUCCCACACCUCUGUUUCAACAGCCGCCCCAGAGAUAUGAAAGAAAUUCUGGGGCUGCCCCGCUUAUAUCUUGGAACCGCAUGCUGCAGUCCCAGGGUGCAGCAUUCCAGCAAAAUCAGUAUCAAGGACUAGGUGGACCAAUGAAUUACCCCCACAGACCGGAUGAUCGAAUGGAUCGGGGAAGACAGGGAUAUGGCCCCGGGAGGCCCUACCCUUUGCCACCUCCCUCGGGACGAUACAACUGGAAUUAGACUCUUGAAGUCUUCCAUCAUCAAAACCUGUUUUUACAAUAACUGUGGAAAAACGAGGCAUCUUUAAGAAACGUACUAGUAGUUUUUAAACUGCAAUAUGUGUUUUAACUGUGUAUAUUUCUUACUGAUAAGAUUUGAUUUUGGGGGGGGGGGAGGGUUUUUAUGUUGCUUUGAAACAGUGUACUGGAGAAGACAUGUAAAGCACUUACUAAUGUGCUUGAGAGACAUUUCAUGAAGUAGGAGUACUGUUCUGCCUUUAUUACUAGCUAAGCAUCAAUUGCAUAUGCCUGUCAAUUGCAAAUCAAAACAUCCUUUAAUUCACAACAUAAGAGCCCAAAAAUAGAUACUGAUUUUUAAAGAAUGCCUAGAAAUAGGGUUUUAUUAGCUGUGAAGGUAGGCACAGCAGGCAGUCUAAGAAACACAAUGUUUAAAGACACGCUUUUGUCUGUAUUCUUUUUAACAACACUUCAUUGAUGUAUUUGUCUCUCGAGUUUGAUUUCUGGACUUCUAAGUAAAAAUGUUUCAACUUUUAUAACUUU